UGUGUCCUAGAGGUUUGUGGUAGUGACAAUGGUCUUGGGAGUGGGUGUGGUCCUGGAGAAUUCUGUGCAGGCCCCUGGAAGUACAGGGGUCAGUGAGGCCAAAUGUCAGCCUGAUGUAGUACUUUCCAAUAUGCCAUUCUCAGUGGGCUUUUUUUUUAAAGUUUAUGUGUAUGUAUCUGUAUGUAUGUAUGUAUGCCAUGUGUGCAGGUACCCACAGAGGCCAGAAGAUAAUGUUGGAUCCCCCUGGGGCUGUAGUUGUAGGUGGUUGUGAGCUGCCUGCUGUGGGUACUGGAAACCAAACCCAAGUGCACUUAACCACGGAGCCGUCGCCAGCCUCACACAGUGGACUUCCCUUAGUAGGACCUUGGUGGGAGGAGUGGAUCAAAACAUAAAUUGACUUAGUUCAUUUUAUUUACUUAUUUUUUUAAACAAGUGUGCACCACUGCCCUCAGCCUUUUAAGUUACAUUUUAUCCAUCGUGUGUGUGUGUGUGUGUGUGUGUGUGUGUGUAAGGGGUGAGGGUCUGAGAAGCACUUAGAAGAGUGAGUUCUCCCUCCACCGUGUGGGUCCCAGGGAUCAUCAGGUCCUAGUUGAGGUCAUCAGGUUGGCAACAAACACCCUUUCACUGGCCCUGUUUUAACGUUUCAGUCAUCACCAUUUCACUGCCUGGCCCUGUAUUUUAUUUUAUAUAGAGUCUCUUGUGACUCAGGUUGGCUUUGAACUCCGGAUGUAGCAUAGGAUGGCUUUGAACUAAUCCCCCUUCCUUUAUGUACAAAGUGCUGGGAUUGUGGGCAUGUGUCAUCACACUGCUUGCUUUUUGUUUUCAAGGAUUUUUGGCUUUUUGUUGUUUGGUUGGUUAGUUUUUUGUUUUUGUUUUUGUUUUUUUUGAGACAGGGUUUCUCUGUGUAGUCCUGGCUGUCCUAGACCUCACUCUGUAGACCAGGCUGGCCUCAUAGAGAUUCACCUGCCUCUGCCUCCCGAGUGCUUAGAUUAAAGAUGUGCGCCACCACACCCAGCUCAGAAUUUACUAAGUAGUUAGUUACCUACUAGGCACAACUUCAGUUUUCCUCUGCAGAUGGUUGAAGGAAAUCCUUUGCAAAAAUUUAUUCUUGUAGGGAGGUUUCGUUUGUCUUUUGUUUCCAGACAAAGUGUUACUCUCGCUCAGGAUGGUCUGGAACUCAUAGCAAUCCUCCCUCCUCGACCUUUUAAGUGCUGGAAUUACAGGCAUGAGCCACCAUGCUUGGCUUAACAUUAGCAUUUUGAACAAAAGAUAGAGAAUACAAUACACAAGACAAUUUAAAGGCUUAAUUCCAGUGGCCCUCUCAGUAAGUGGCUGUUGUGUGGCUUCCAGAAGUUUCCUAGCACGUGAUUGGCAAAUGUGGACGGUGGCUGUGCUACUCUGUAUUGCCUGGGGUGCUAACCCUUGGGUCCUCUGACACCUUUUAAAAUUUGAUUCGCACCAAGUGAGUUCCAGGAAAGGCGCAAAGCUACACGGAGAAACCCUGUCUCAGAAAAAAAAAAAAAAGAAUAACUUGUUAGCCGGGCAGUGGUGGCGCACGCCUUUAAUCCCAGCACUCGGGAGGCAGAGCCAGGCGGAUCUCUGUGAGUUCGAGGCCAGCCUGGGCUACCAAGUGAGUUCCAGGAGAGGCGCAAAGCUACACAGAGAAACCCUGUCUCGAAAAACCAAAAAAAAAAAAAAAAAAAAAUUUGAUUCCCUUUCUGAGAGGAGGUCUCAUGUAGCCCAGGCUGGCAUCUAGUUUGAUAGCAGAGGAUAACUUUGAGCAUUAGGUCCUCUACACCUGGCAGAUCCUGGAUUAGAAGUGUGAGCUACCCUGCCGGAGUUCUCAGAUACCUUGUCCAGUCAUGGCAGUAACAAGUUGUGCACAGGGCAAUGGAGCUGUGUGUAACAAACCCAGAAAGUCACGUCCUGAGGUGUCAGGGGUGAUAACCAUAGCAAUGCUUUACUGGGGACAGUUUAGAGAGUUCUUUCUGCAAGGCAUUGUGGCAUAUGCCAUUAAUCCCACCACUCAAGAGGCAGGUGGCUCUUUGGAGGCCAACCUGGUUCUACAUACUUCCCAUGUGUGAUCAUUCACACACACACCAAUACUGCCACCAAUAAAGCCAUUCACUCUGUUCCUAUCCUGAAAACCACAGAAGCCACUGCCUAGGAUGUGGCUAGCUGCCAUCCAGGCUGCUAUCCCAAAAGAAUAGAAUAGGUCCAACUUUUACUCCUACCACGAACUCACCCUAAUUGUUAGGGUAGCCAGAGGACAAGCCAGUGGUUCCUGACUGAGAGCCCCUCGGGAGUUCAGCAAAGCUGCUCCCGGAAGCUUGGGGACCUCACUGCCCACAUGCCCCGCCUUUUCCUCCUCUUGCUCCCCACCCCCGAUGUGGGCGUAGUCAGGCCAGCUCCAGGUCCGCAGGGUAGUGGGGAUAGCUCCAAGACUACAUCCUUAGCUAGAACCCACGGAUCCGACGAUGGGCUGCUCCUGCCGGCUGCUGCUGUGGCUGGGAGCCGCCGGAACUAUUCUUUGCUCCAACACGGAGAUCCAGGCACCUUUGCUAACAUCCUCGCCCUUGCCGGUGCUAGUCUCCAAUUUCCAGGAGCAGAAAGUCACCCCCACGCCCAGUAGAUUGGAGCCAGCUUCCCUCCCAAAUCCUCUAGGCGCACAGGGGCCUUGGGUGUUCAGCACCUGUGGCGCCAGCGGCCGGCGGGGGCCCACACAGACACAGUGCGACGGGGCAUACACAGGAAGCAGCGUGGCGGUGACGGUGGGAGCUGCUGGGCCGCUGCAAGGCGUGCAGCUGUGGCGGGCGCCGGACACCGGCCAGUAUCUGAUCUCCGCCUACGGAGCCGCGGGCGGCAAAGGCGCCAGAAACCACCUGUCCCGGGCGCACGGCAUCUUCCUCUCGGCGGUCUUCUUCCUCAGUCGAGGGGAGCGGUUGUACAUCCUUGUGGGGCAGCAGGGCGAGGACGCCUGUCCCGGAGGGAGCCCGGAGAGCCAGCUCGUCUGUCUGGGAGAGUCGUGGGCCACUGGAGAGCAUGCGGCAACGGACGGGACCGUAAGGGUCCCAGGCUGGAGACGCUGGGUCGGCGGGGGCGGGGGUGGCGGGGGUGCCACCUACAUCUUCCGGCUGCGCGCGGGGGAGCCAGAGCCGCUGCUGGUGGCGGCGGGAGGCGGCGGGAGGGGCUACUGGAGGCGACCGGACCGAGGCCGGACUCAGGCGGCCCCGGAGAAACUGGAGAACCGCGCGGCGGCGCCUGGGAGCAGCGGGAGAGGAGGCGCGGCAGGUGGCGGAGGCGGCUGGACGUCGCUGGCCCCCUCUCCGCAGGCGGGACGCUCACUGCGGGAAGGGGCCGAGGGCGGCGAGGGCUGCGCGGAGGCCUGGGCCACGCUCCGCUGGGCCGCGGCUGGAGGCUUCGGGGGCGGCGGCGGGGCCUGCUCGGCGGGCGGCGGCGGCGGUGGCUACCGGGGUGGUGAUACUUCAGAGUCUGACAUCCUCUGGGCUGACGGGGAAGAUGGCAUAUCCUUUGUACACCCCAGCAGCGAGCUCUACCUGCAGCCUUUGGCAGUCACAGAGGGCCACGGGGAGGUGGAGAUCCGAAAGCACCCCAACUGCAGUCACUGCUCUUUCAAAGACUGCCAGUGGCGGGCAGAGCUCCAGAUGGCGGAAUGCAUCUGCCCAGAGGGCAUGGAGCUGGCUGUGGAUAAUGUCACUUGCAUGGACCUGCCAACCACCGCAAGCCCUCUGAUUCUGAUGGGAGCCAUAGUGGCAGCCUUGACAUUGAGCCUCCUUAUGAUGUGUGGAGUCCUAAUUCUAGUGAACCAGAAGAAGUGGCAGAACCUGUGGGGGACCAGGCUGCCAGGCCCUGAGCUUGAGCUGAGCAAGCUUCGAACCUCUGCUAUCAGGACAGCCCCUAAUCCCUAUUACUGCCAGGUGGGGCUCAGCCCUGCCCAGUCCUGGCCUCUGCCCCCAGGGCUCACUGAGGUUUCCCCGGCCAACGUCACUCUACUCAGAGCCCUUGGCCAUGGUGCCUUUGGGGAGGUGUAUGAGGGACUAGUGAUUGGUCUUCCUGGGGACUCCAGCCCUCUGCAGGUGGCUAUCAAGACGCUGCCAGAGCUCUGCUCCCGACAGGAUGAGCUGGACUUUCUCAUGGAGGCUGUUAUCAUCAGCAAGUUCAGCCAUCAGAACAUCGUUCGCUGUGUGGGCCUCAGCUUCCAGGCUGCCCCUCGACUUAUUCUGCUGGAGCUGAUGUCUGGUGGGGAUAUGAAGAGUUUUCUGAGACACAGCAGACCACACCCAGGCCAGCCAUCACUUCUGGCCAUGCAGGACCUGUUGCAGCUGGCCCAGGAUAUAGCCCAGGGAUGCCACUACCUGGAGGAAAACCACUUCAUCCACAGAGACAUUGCCGCCCGUAACUGUCUGCUGAGCUGCACCGGCCCCGGCCGAGUGGCUAAGAUUGGAGACUUUGGAAUGGCAAGAGACAUCUACCGGGCCAGUUAUUACCGUAAGGGGGGCCGGGCCUUGCUCCCCGUCAAGUGGAUGCCCCCAGAAGCUCUCCUGGAGGGCAUUUUCACAUCCAAGACAGACUCCUGGUCUUUCGGGGUACUGCUCUGGGAGAUCUUCUCACUGGGUUAUAUGCCCUACCCUGGGCAUACCAACCAGGAGGUCCUAGACUUCAUUGUCACAGGGAGCCGGAUGGACCCUCCUAGGAACUGCCCUGGGCCAGUGUACAGGAUCAUGACCCAGUGUUGGCAGCAUCAACCUGAGCUCCGCCCUGACUUUGCCAGCAUCUUGGAGCGCCUCCAAUACUGCACUCAGGAUCCUGAUGUGCUGAAUUCACCCCUGCCGGUGGAACCAGGGCCCAUUCUAGAGGAGGAAGGGGCUUCUGGGCUGGGGAACAGGUCCUUGGAAGGUCUUAGAUCCCCACAGGCCCUGGAGCUGAGUUCAGAGAACUUGAAAAGCUGGGGAGGAGGCCUUCUUGGCUCUUGGCUGCCCUCUGGCCUCAAGGCCCUCAAAUCCAGAUGCUUCCGACCUCAGAACAUUUGGAACCCCACCUAUGGCUCUUGGACCCCAAGGGACCCCAAGGAUGGAGACUCAGGCGCUGACUUCAGCAAUGGUUUCUCCCCGCAUUCCUUCCCAGGCAUCUAGAUGGCUUGUUAGUCCAGUAGCCUCUGGCCCUGCAGUCUAUGCAGUCUAUGACCAUGUGGUCAGAUAUGUGUCAGGGCUGUCCUGGCAGCCUGGCCUUUCCACACUGGAAACCAGUCCAAACCCUCUUGGGGAAGGGCCUGGCCACACUCUGUCUUUGGAGCCAGAGAUCACACACCCACCCACUGCAGGACUCGGUUGGGAAUCCCAGAUUGUCCUCUCCCAUAAGCAUCUUUCAUCUGGCCCAUCCCCAGUGCUACAGAUGUUUCUAAUAAUAAUUAAAAACAAAACCACAAC